GUCGCCAAGCAGCCGGAGCAAACAAACAAAAAAUCAGGACCAACAAAAGAAGGACAAACAAGGCGAGAAACCUGAGGAACAACUCCUGAACUCUGGACGUCGUAAGCUCUCGCCAUUCUUUGCACAUCAAGAUAUGAGAGGAUUAUUUUUUUUCCGGGCCCUGGCACCCUGACUCAUACACGAAACAACAACCCUCAGAUAGGUGGAAGGUUACCAGUGUAGCGGCAGAUUAUGUAAGUGGAUCGCAGCGCGAAUGCGUGCAGUGAAGGUAUUUGGAGACAGGCUGGUUCGUAAAUUAAGCUACACAAUUUCCCAGAGAUGGACGUCUUAAGUUGAAGACUGGUGUAAGAGACCUACUUCUGGCAAGAGACCGUUCCUUCCGAGAGACAGUGAUGAGAUGGGUAAACCUGCUGAUAACCUUCAAUUAACAACGAUAUAUGACGGAAUCCUCAUCGGUACUCUGGCAAGGUUUUGUUCCGAUUGUUGGCGUAUACGGCACUGAUGUCACGUGAGGAGCUGGUGCCCACGUGGUAAGACAAAGAAAUCCACAGGUCACAAAGUGAUGAACGAAACUGGACGUCCUUGAUGAAAUCACGACAGAGCUGUGAAACUAGCUUUCACCAUUCAGUGGAGUUAUCCUGGCACCCGUAUAUUCAGGAAACAGUUUAACUUAAACUGUUAAAGUUGCCUGUGCCGCGGUACUAUGCACGUAGAUCGAAGGGACAAUCAGCGAAAAUAGCCGGAGGCAGGCCUACGUGGUUUUAAAUGCCACUCGUUUGAUUUCUUUUGAAGAUCGGUGUAAAGGAUUUAGCUAUUAUUAUAACAGAUUGUUCAUUCCGGAUAAGAGAACGGCACACAGUGUAGAAGGUCGGUGGGCUCAACGGGGUGCAAAUCAGUCGGAUGGAAAUGCGGGUAGUAUUCGGCACGUGUUAACAACGAUCAUGAAUUUAGCACGAAGAAUGAUCCACGUCAUAGAAAUUAACAUCGAAAUCUGACGGAGUCGAAAGUGUUCCUGGUUGAACAGUGGGAUGUUAGAUCGGAGAGGGGCGAACUUGAAGUAACGCGUCACCAUGACGGCCUCUGCACCGGACACUGAGACGAAUCUGGAGGAGGAAUUCGUCAGCAACACCACCCUCCACGGCAUCGCCCGCGUGGCCCACAACAGCCGCACCAUCUUCCGCUUGGCCUGGCUGGCCAUUAUGCUCGUCUUCCUGGGGGUCUGCAUUGCCCAGAUUACGGACCGUCUCCAGCGCUUCUUCAUGUACAAGGCCAACACGGCCAUCUCGGUGGAGUACGUGGGCGACCUCGAUUUUCCCGCCGUGACAAUUUGCAACUUCAAUAGGUACCGCUGGAGUGAGCUGACGUCAAGUGACCUUAGGUCGCUCAACUACAUCUUAGAGGCCACCGAUUACGACUAUGACUCGUACGGGGAAGCCAGCUCGUCGUCGCUCUCCGAUACCUACCCGCUGGACGACGACAACGCCAGCUCGGCCUUCAACUACACCGAGUUCACGCUGAGGGCGGGGUUCCUCAUGGACGACCUGACCCUGCUGAGCUGCGAGUGGCGUGGAAAGACCAACAGCUGCUCGGCCGCUAACUUUUCGCACGUCUUCACCUCCUUCGGCAACUGCUGGACUUUCAAUUCGGGAUCUGACGGCGGGCCGCUUCUGAAGGAGAUCCAGGCAGGAGCUGGCAACGGACUCAGAGUGCAAAUUGACAUACAACAGAAUGAAUACACAGAGCCCCUGUCCGGGAACAGGGAGGCUGGACUGAAGGUCCUAGUUCACGACCAGCAAACCCCGCCCAUGAUGGACUCGCAGGGAUUCGCAAUACAGCCGGGGGUUCACGCCUUCGUGGCCACUCGCAGACAACAGUUUCUCAACCUCGAGCCCCCGUACGGCAAGUGUGACGCUUCCAGGACACUAAACAGGUUCCCGAACUACACACUCGAAGGAUGCAACAUUGAAUGUCGGACCGAAAAAAUCAUCGAGAGGUGCAAUUGCAGGCUUGUCAGGCAUCCUGGCACUGAAGUUGAAUGUACACCGAGGCAGACGAGUGAAUGUGCAAGAGACGUACUGAGCAAACUUAGAAGCGGGGAGAUACCGGCAUGCGACUGCCCAGUCCCCUGCAACUACACAACGUUCAGCACCAGCCUGUCCACGGCCACCUUGCCUAACCAGCGGGCGACACAGCUACUGGUCGACCAGUAUGACGACCUUGCGCAGUACAGCUCCAACAUUUCCGAUACGACGAACACUGGCAGCGCAAGCAGUGCAGGGCAAUCUAACCCGAUUCUACUCGACAGUACUUACAUGCAAAACAAUUGGAUUUUACUGGAUGUAUUCUAUGAGAACAUUAACUUUCAGCGAUACGAGCAAUCGGAGGCUAUCACACCCUCAGCAUUAAUUAGUGAUAUCGGCGGUCAGCUGGGAUUGUUUCUCGGCGCAAGUUUCAUCACCCUGACGGAGAUUCUCUCCUACCUGGGCCGUAAGCUGGGCAGUAUCCUGGCAUCGAGGAGACCGAGGAGGGCAGCAACAAGCCCUGACACGUCCCCAGGGUGGGAUAUGAACGGUGUGAAAAUUACAUAGCUCUUAUGUGCCUCCUUGAGUUGAGAGUGCUCUCGUGGUGCUGUGAAUAUAUGGAAUAUAUGUACGGUUUUAUCGUAUUUUAUCGUGGUUUCACGUCGGUUUGUGAUUCAGUAAAAACUUCUUUAUCAUGAUUUAUCGGCGCAGAUUCCUUAUUCCUAUAUAGUAGGAACUGAUAUGCAAUAAGGAUAAUCUUCCUGAGAUAAAAGGGUCAUCCCACGUCUGAAGGUAGAUCCCUUAAGAUCAAUUUGUGUCUAGCAUCAGCAUUUUGACAAGCGAGGCUGACUAUAUUAACAAGCGUCUGAAGUGCGGUGCCUCAUUACACGGGCGUUUAUAUCAAAUGUGUUUUAAUUGAUCACAAGUGGCAGGAUUGUGGUGGAAAGUGCCUUCCGCCCCAAUUUCAUUUUUUUACCCAAAUCUACACGACCUAUGAAAGUUGCAGAUAUUUUGCUUUUAGUUCCCCGCUUGAAAAAAAAUCUGCAUCCUCGAAUGUAUUUCACAGAAAUGUCACCCUACUGUAUCUAUUAUAGUCCCGUGACUGUUGCUCAAGUUUCUUCUUAGGCAUCAUUUCCUGUAGUUCAUUUAACUGUUCUUCUUGCGUGCAUGAUAGAUUCUCGGUACAAAAAUUCCUCUUCCCAAAAAAAUGCAACUUUUAUAAGUAUGUUUUUAAAAUGUCAUUGAAGCUGCGUAAAAUAUAUGUAGACGUUGUUUAUGUUUCUGUCUUUUUAUCAAGGAAGACUUACUUUCAAGGCGAUCUAUUUUGCCUUCUGUGUGCUUGGGCUGGUGAUCGUUUUCUCACCGGUACCCGCAAUGAGUUUAAAUAUUUACUAAUAAAUUGCACGGAUAUAUUUCGAUGCUUAAGUUGUGCUGAGAA